GUAACAUUCUAUUUUCAGAUGCAUUUUGGGUGGUCUUUUGGCCACCGGUACGAUUACAAGGAACUCGUCCAUCCUGGCAAAGCAAAGGCUAGAAGAGCAUCGCUUGCCGUUCCAUUACCUCGCACUCCAAAGCAUUCACCUCCGCCACCUCUGCCACCGCUUUCGAAUUUUCGAGCGAAUGCUCUGACUCGUCAAAAACGAACUACGAAUUUGAAAGUUUUCCAUCGCCAUUUGGACCCUCUUUUCGUAGAGAAUGAAAACUUUUACGAUUCAAAUGACAGCUGGGAGAAAUUUGAUGCUGAGUUCGAUGGACAUUCAGCAUUUGAGACAAUCAGCGGGAUGCAAAAGAAGGCAGUGAAGGGUGGCGAUUCGGAUCUACUCGACGAAUCCUGUAGAAAAUCCACGAUCGAGCAGCCUAGAAGAGAGGAUUGGCGGUGUGAGUGCAGUACGCCCAGCUCGUCGUCACAGCCGUCGGAAGUAGACGUCGGCCACAGGCAUCGCCGCUGUACAUCACUCAAGCAAGGACCGCGAAACGCUCUCCAACCGCAGCUCAGCCUCCCGCUCCGGCUAUCCAACGUCACCAACGGUGCGGACAAGGAAUUGGCUGGAGCGGUUGGCGGUGGCUCGGUGCGUCGGAAGAGGUGUACUGGCCGUGACGAACAGACCCUGUCGACGUCGUUGACGGCUUCAGAAGGCGGCGAACAGUUGGCGGCCAGCUCAGCAGAGCAGCGGCCGCCGGCCGAAGCCGCCGCAUCUGCCGAAUGUGUGCCGGAUUUUGGAGCGCUCAGCGAUGGCCUCAUUCUUCCUGAAACUAACGCUAGUCGAGAUAUGAAAAUAUUUAAACGGGUUUUACGUGAUCCAAAGCUCCGGCAACCAUUCCAAUUAUUCCUUGAACAACAAUUUUGUGCUGAAAAUUUAAAUUUCUACGUAGCAGUGGAACGGUUUCGAGAUAUGCAGUUUAACAACGAAAGCAAGGCCUCAGAACGUGCCAGUUUUGCAAGGCAUAUAUAUGAACGACAUUUUGCUGCAAAUAGCACAGAACCUGUAAAUGUGGAUAAUUCAACAAGUAAACGAAUCCGUGAAACUAUGCAAGCAGGCAAAUAUCCUCGCAACACAUUUGAUUUGGCUCAGUAUCAGAUAUUUCAUUUGCUCAAAUAUGACUGUUGGCCUCGGUUUUUACGUGCGGGUGGGGUGCAGCCAGAAUUUUCCGAUGAAGAAUUGGCUGAGGAGGACGAACGGCAACAUAGACUUGAUAUAGGAGAAGAUUUACCGGAGAGCCAUGCGACGCGGUCGGUAAGCGAGAGCGAGCGGCAACCGUCCACGAGUCUGUCGACGCUGUCGGAGCGCAAGAAGUUUACUGACAAGGAGAAACUUCGUUCUUUGUUGUUCCACGGGUUCGAUCGGUUCUCACGCAAGCUUCGUCGCUCUACCGGCGGAUCGCCGCUAGUGCCGCGCAGCCAUCCGACGGUACAUCGCACGAGCAGCUCGCGAGCGGCCGACGAGCCUCGUCGCUCGUACUCCUCUGAAGAGAAUGACCUGGCGACGCAGGCCUCAGCGUCCGGGGCCGCUCAGCGACUCGUCGGUUCGGCCGGCUCGAAGCGCCGCGCCAUGUUCGCCACCGCCGGCAAGCAGUUCUCGAUGCCCGCUGAGAUGUCGAUAGCUCCGUCAACGCUUCGCCAACCGCCACCGCAACGGGUAGAACCGAAACAUUGCCGUUUGAUGACGGGCGAUACGUGUACCACGGAAGUCGUGGAGCUGAAAGAUCCUACCAUAUCUGUACGACAGUGGACACAAAAUAUGGCUACAGCCUUAGGCAUGGAUAAAAAUGCAGCUGAAGCUGUGGAUGCAGAGACGUGCAACACGAUCGAUCCAGCCAGACAAGCUAUUGAUGCUCUACAAUCUCGAUCCGUUCGUAUCGUUCCUGUCGUCACUUUUGCUGUAGAAAUUCUUCCGCCAAAUUAUUCAUUCAAAAAUCCUAGCACAACCCCAACAAAAAUUAUAAUGGUGCGAGCUCGAUAUUCUCUCUCGGCUGGUGGAGUGUUGAGACCGUUGCUGAGCAAGUACUCUAUCGACUACAAUUCCGUAACCGUAGUGUUUAGCGGCACGCUGGAAGUGAUCCGCAAUUCUGUAUCUAUAGGAAAUAUUGGCACAAGAAGUCUAACUGUGAUGAGUCAGAGUCAGUACAACGAAAGAACUCACGGAGGGAAGAAAGACGUGCCCACUCCACGAGAUCCUAUUGCCACCUCGCCGAACUUGGCUGCUGAACACAAUCUGCAGUUCCACCAGCAUGGUGACAUUUCGUACUGUGAAUUACCCAGUGAAGCUGAUCGACUCAAACAUGCUCAAAAGGAACACUCAAUAAGUCUGAUGAAGUUUGUUCGCAAAGCUUCAGCUGCAGUGACAAACAAGGAAGAACCUGCACGGAUUGGUCAACGAACUCCUAGUCGAAGGAAAUCUGUGGGUCAGGGUACCACCGCUGGUGUCUACUGUGGUGAAGAACCACAUGUGGAGCCACCGAAGGAGCCUAUACGAAAGCGACUGAGCCUCUUCAAGAAUAGGAGCAAGGAUUCGCAACACGACCGCGCUUCGACGAGUGCCGAUCGCGGAUCCUGCGAAAGUCCCCGCAUCCAAAGCCGGGAGCCCUGCACGUCGACACCGCCCCGGCAACCUGCCGCCGCCGCCUCACCACCUUCGCCCGCACUGUCUGCCGUUUCCCCUUCGGCCACGUCCGCCAAGACUCCCGGAAGUCCCCGAACGUCGAAUGGGGAUACACCCCGUACACCGGCAAUAUUUUCGUCGAAAGUGUGUAGUGAAGGCGAAGAAGUGAUGUCAAAUGAACGGGGAUGGCAAGCCGCUGCCUAUGUUUGA